GCAGUUCAUACGAUACCUCAAUACCAGAUACCACUCUCUCUAUUGAGGCAUAAUUAUGACAAUAACAACAAGAGUCCUAUGAUUUUCAUUAUAAUUCUGGUUUUACGUAUAUAUGAGGUCUGAGAAAAGUAAUAGCAAAAGUAAUUUUAUGGUUGCCUAAUAAUAAUGAUAUAAUAAAUGCAAACUUUUCCUCCAUUAGACGCACUUUCACUCCAUUUUGUAGUCAAUCAGCAAAAUAUCGUAAGAUUUUUAAACAUAUAGUUAUAAAUACAGUGUAUUUAAUUGUAUCCAAAUUUGAUAGCCGUAGUAGAAAAAGUGGUGCAAAAACAAUGUUGAAUGCAUUGAAAGAUGUGAUAAAUAAGGUAUUCGUGCAGUUUAUGCCACCUCUGCCGCGAAAGUCCUAUACAUACGAAACGGACGACAUAUCCAGUAAUUUUACGAUACGUCUAAAACACGGCACCGAAUGGUUUCACUGUCACAGAUAUCCGCAAAAGUUUGAGGCCUUCUUCAUCGACUCCAAGAGUGGCAACAAAAUCGCCUGCCUUUACGUCAAGACAUGCGAGAAACCCAAGUAUACCAUUCUGUUCAGUCACGGCGGGACAGUCGACUUGGGCAAUGUCUGCAACUUUUACUAUACGUUAGGCACUCGUCUUAAUUGCAAUAUAUUUAGUUACGACUACUCGGGCUUCGGUGAAAGCAGCGGCUCGUUGUCCGAGCGGGCCGUGUAUGCGGACGCCGAGGCGGCGUGGGAUGUGCUGCUCACCAAAUAUGGCGCAACACCUGAUAAGAUUGUAUUAUACGGCCAGAGUCUGGGCACAGCUCCCAGCGUAUACUUAAGCAAAAAACAUCGCGUCCGCGGAGUUAUACUCCACUCACCCUUCCUAUCGAUCGCCCGUAUAUUCUUGCCGGCCAUUCACGGCGACAACAGUGGCACUCGUUUUUACGAUUCCUUCUCAAAUGUGGACAAUAUCGGUUCGGUUGAGUCCAAGAUACUGAUAAUACACGGCACUCGGGAUCAGAUCGUGCCGAUAGCACACGCGCACAAACUGCACAAACUAUGCAAAAACCCGGCG